UUGGUACCCAAUGUUUGCCCUCAUCACUCUCUCAGUUACACGGAGACGCCAAAGCAGGCUUAUUACGAGGUGGCGGUGAAGCCUAAGCAAUUUGAACCAGUCACCGUCGAGUUCCCCUGCCAGCCACCACACGAGACGACCGAGCUUUCUGUGAAAGUUCAGCGCCCCUUCAGUCCAGUUUCACUGGAGGUCAGGGUGGAUGCAGAUAAACCGGCCGAGACAGAGACGCUCACAACCACAAUCUCACGCACCAAUCUCGAUGUAGACCUCGCUCAGCAGCCCUCAUUUGCCCCCAUCACGAUGGAAAUACCCUAUGCCUCCCAACCCAGCGAGCCGGCGCGGUUCGCUGAGGGUCUACCAAAGUCGGCGGACAUCCGGGAGGGCGUAACGGUUCAGCUGGCUGCUCGGAUUGCUGGAGAACCCAGGCCAGAGGUGUGCUGGCUGAAGAAUGGUCAGCCGCUGCAACCAUCACAGAAAACCUUUGCCACUCUGGAGUGGUCUGCUGAAGAUAAGCGUUCUACUUUUCAGCCUGAUAAUCGGGCGAUUUUGACGCUCAUUGAACCAACUGUCAGUGACUCGGGUGUCUAUACUGCCCUUGUGAAAAACCCAACUGGACAGGAUACGACAGCCAUCCAGUUGAAUGUGAAUCCAGCAGUUUUUCAACCGACUGAGCAAGUUCCUGCAGAAAUGCCACCAGUGGAGCAGCCGGUUCCGCCACAGUUUGUGAGCGCACCCGUUCCUCUCCCACAAACACCAAUCGGGGACGUCAUCGAGUGUCCAGGCAUCCUUCAAGUUACCGAGGGUAUGCCGACCGUGCUCGAGGUCGAAGUCGUAGGCAGGCCCGAGCCUGUCGUUGAAUGGUUCGUGAACGACCGUCCCGUUCGUCCCGACUACAAGCAUAAGGUGAUGACUCGUCCGGAGGGAACUCACUGUAUGACGCUCGAAUCACCCUCACCUAUCAAUGACACCGGUCGAUAUCGUUGCGUCGCAAGUAACCCCUAUGGCACGUCUCAGCUAGUGCUGACAGUGAAGGUGGAACCAAAACAACAAGCAAGACCUCUACCGCCAAAAUUCCUCACGAAACCGCAGCCGACAAUCACUAAACAACCACAGGAGCCUGUUGUCCUGGAGGCCACAUUUGAGGGCAAUCCACCGCCCAUAAUAUCCUGGCACAAGGAUGGAAACUUCAUGUCUUCUAACAUUGCCCUUGAUCUCUCUGAUAGACUGGUGUCUCCAACUGACGCUCCUGGAGAGAGGGUAAAAAUAAGAACCACAGAAAACGCAACGAGUUUAACAAUUGAAAAUCUGCUUCCCGAAGAUAUUGGAACCUGGCAGUGUCUCGCCUCCAGUACCGCUGGGACAGCCACUUUUCGUACCAAAGUUCAACACGAAGGUCUGUUCCUUGGGUACUUGAUGCCAUCCUGUGUGCAGUCAAUCAACAACGAUGUAAGACCUAACGCAAGGCUACUUUCUGUUUCAGAACCAAGAAGGCCCUCUGUGGAGCAGUCCAAGAAGGUCAUCGUUCCCUCAAAGAGGCCUUCAGUUUCGGGACCUGGAACGACUCCCUACCCGGAGAUCAGGCAGCGACCGAUGCCAGUUUGUUUGACGGAAGGCGAAAAGGCUCACUUCUCCACAAUGAUUACCAGUAAUCCACCGCCAGUGGUUGACUGGUAUGUGAACGGGCAGCUUGUGGUUCCCGGGCAGAAGGUGGAUACGGAUGGAAACCCGAAAGAAACGACCAGUUUUGAUGGACUGUUGCACCACCUGUGUAUUCAUAAUUGCCGGCCAGAGGACGCCGGCCAGGUCACAGUUGAGGCCCGACGCAGCGAUGUUCCAAUUGAGGUGUCUAGAACCGAGCCGAACGCGCUUGUUACGGCAACAACCUCGCUAGAGGUUUUACCAGCACCCAGCAAAAUUCCCCAGUUGCGAUCGGUUCCUAGACCUGUCGAAGAAACGCCCGUGCCUGUCGUCGAAAUGCCGGCCGAAAAGCUCCCACCAAUGAAACCGCCCCAAUUUACAACUAUUUUGCACACACUUAACACACCCUGUGGCCAGCCCACUACGUUUGAAGUGGACUUCCUCGGCGAACCACUACCGGUUGUGGUCUGGUACAAGGAUGGUGUUGAGGUGCUCAACGAGGUACCAUGUGACGAGCGCGCCGAACCGGAGCGUCCUUCUGAUACCCAACACACAGCCGCAGCAUGCCGGAGUGUACUCGGCUGUUGCAACAAACCCUGCCGGGCAGGCAACGACCACUUCAAGACUCAACGUCGUCCCUCAACCUAUUCGUAA